AUGGACAACCUUCCAGACUACAGCAUGGUCUGCCCCAUCUGCGACAAUGUCAUCGAGGGCCCAUACUCAACCCCGUGCAUCCAGUGCGCACGGCCCUACUGCUACGACUGCGUGAGGACUUGUUUCCGGACCGCGCUGCACGACAUCAACAGUAUGCCCGCGAAAUGCUGUCGCGCCAUCCUGCACCACGAGGUUGCGCGAGGCAUUCUUCCCGAUGGCGAAUUCGAAACGUACAAGAUGAAGCUGGACGAGCUCGGUACCAUCAAUCCGCUCUACUGUCCCGUCCCGACCUGUUCGACCUUUAUUUCUCCUCGAAUGUUUGAUGUCGACGCUGCAAAGGUGUCUUGCCCUACCUGCAGCACUGUCAUCUGUACCAAGUGCAAGCAGUCACUCGCAGCGACCCCUACCACCCCCGAUGGUGACCACGUGUGCGCCAAAGACCUCUCCAGACAGGCGAUUCUCGACACCUUUGGCUACAAGACCUGUCCCAAGUGCGGCACAGGAAUCAUGAAGAUGUUUGGCUGUCCUCACAUCCGAUGCCAAUGCGGUGCUCACUGGUGUUGGGCGUGUCAGAGACCCAUCACCGUUUGCUAUGAGAACCCGUGCAGUGACUCCGACGCCUACGAUGCGUUUCAAAACGGCAAUGACAACGGCAAUGACAAUGACAAUGACAAUGAGAACAAUAAUGACAAUGAUGGUAACCGUGACGAUGGCGACGAGGUGCUCCGCGAGACCAUGCAAGGGCCUGCCCACCUGUCCACUGAGGAGAUUCCGCCAACAAGUCAUCCAACACCGCCGGUGGCAGAAGAGGGCACUCCCGAGCCAUCGGCGUCAGUACCACCACCAGCACCAGACCCAGCACCAGCAUCAGCACCAGCGUCGGUACCAGCGUCGGCAUCAAGGUCGGAGCCCUCCGAAAGAGCAUCUUCCCGGCCCGUCAACCUAGACGACCCAGACACAGCCGACUGGGAAGCCAUGUCUCUCGAUUUCGGCGAAGACCCGCCCGACGAUGAGUUCUGGGACAUCUGGGGCUGCAGCCACCGGUUCGAAGCUUUCCAACAAAGCCAAGUCCCAGAGUUUUGGCUCGUCGGCGUCGACCCGGCCAAAGACCACGACAUCCAAGUCGAGUGCAUGGCGUGUUUCACCAAAGUCAGUGUCUGGGAGGAUGAGGAUGAGGACGGCGCCACCACCACCGAGGCAAAAGCCGUGGACGGCGACCGUGGGAGCAAGAGCUACAGCGGCCAACCUGCCCCGGCACCCAAAGCCGACACCGAUAAUGAUAAGGGGAAAGAAAACGAGCCGCGUCUACCACCUUCUGCAGCGGAUGCCGAUCCUCAUCCCGAUUCUGAGAAGACACGGUCCGCUUUCCGCUGUGAGGUCUGCUGCGUCAUUUUCUGCGCGAAAUGCAAACGGGCGGCGGCGGCGAGGAUCGAUGACGCCGAACGAGCGACUUCUGAAACAUGA